AUGGAUAACACAGAAGACUCACAUAACGUAUCUUCACAUAUCUCAACACACGAACAAGGAUCAUCGUCGGUUAAUACACCGCGCUCGGAAAAUAGGGUAGAAAAUGAAUCAGAGACACCACAAGAGGCGGAACAAGAUAAACCAAAAUUCACUCCACCCAUAAAAAAACAUAAGCGGGGCAAAUUAUCCCAAUUAUCUGACAUGAUAAAAGAUCUGAGAAACAUUAAUAACGAAAACACAAACACAUCCAUAUGCAGCGAAGAAACAGAUCUGGAUAUAUUUGGAAAAAGCGUCUCGGCACAAAUGAAAAAAUUAUCAGAGGAACAGGCAGUCAUCUGUAAAUAA